AUAUUAGACCAAUAUUGCCUAGUAGGCAUAAUGGCUAAAUAAGAAGAGACGUCCAUCUUACAAUAUUGGACCAAUGUUGGGAAUAUUAGAUUUACAUAUUUCCCAAUAUUGCGCCAACGUAUUGUGCUACUAAGGAUUAGGAAACGACAUGCAAUAUUUUAUUUGCUGAGAUGUUACAACAAAAAUAUUUUUCGCCAUAAUUGUCAUUUUUAUUCCUUCUUUAUCUCAGAAGACGAAGUCGCAUAAUUUAUUUCAAAGAAAUAAAUAAAUUGCACUUAUCAUUUAUCUAUUUACAGUCACGAAUGUACGAUUGACUUCGAAAAGCAAGAACGAAGCUAAUUGGCUAAAUUUAAAGUAAAAAAUCUAAAAAGAUAAGACAAUUUUAUUACACAAGACAGUUUUUAAUAUCUACCAAUUUUACCAUGAUAUUAUCUGGUUGUACUUUGCGGGGUAGUGUAAACUGCACGAACGACGUGAUCUCCAUGUGCUCGAGGGAUGCCAUAAGAGUGCCUUAUUCGAUAUUAGUGAGGUAUAUGACAGCGUCUCCGUGCUAACGAAAUUAUACACAAUUACGUCGGGUUUCCUGGCGGAAAGUGCAGAACGUCGCUUUCCGUGCUACGAAUAUGUCUCAAUCCAAAUAUGUGAUCUUCGUGACGUUCUGGUGGAUCUUCGCAACGGCUGGGAACAUUAUACGAAACGAGGACAUUUGUGGGCCUCAUAAUGGCAGACGUCUUUAUGUGGAGCUGGGCGAGAAGGGCAUCCUCUACGCGAAGAACGUAACUUUCGUCAGAAAUUCACCGAGACAACUUAUGCCGCGUCUUUACGCCACCACCGUCAACAGUUCCCAUCAUCAAUGCAGCCUCGAAUUAGUCACCUGUCCGUCCUGCGUGAUAGUUGUUACCUUCAAAAACAUCGCGCUUUCACAUCAUUGUGGCGACGGAGGAGUCGUGAUGGACAGCCCGUGCAGAUGCGACUACGUGUGGCUUUCGGAACCACCUUACGAGGAGGUUUCCGGCUCGCCCUUCUGUGGAUUGUACGCACCAAUCACGUACAGAUCGAGCACGAGAACUCUGUCUAUAACUCUACUCUACAGCCAAUCCCACAAGCACGCGUUCACCAUCGAGUACACGGCAGAAAGAAAUAGAUUACAUCUGAAAGGGACGGAAAUGACAUCGAGAGCGCCGACAAAGGGUUUGAACAGGACCGGCAGUGGUAUUCUGACCUCGCCGUUUUUCCCGGCUCGAUAUCCCCGCGACUUGGGCUUGGAAUACAUCAUAACGUGCCCCAACGAGGCCCCCUCCUGUCGCAUCAGGUUGUUGUUUAGCGACUUUCAAUUAGCGACGGUCUCCAUAAUGGAGUUUUACGAUUGGAACGGACAACGUUUGGACGUGAGUAGCGGUGCGCGAUUUCGGCCGCCGGUCAUAGUGAGCUCCGGUCCGUCUUUGCUGAUAAGAUUCUAUGCGAAUGGUGGUACCGGUCUUGGUUACAAGGCCUUUUACUCCUUUGUGAUCGGCCAUACGUACGACAAAUCCGUACAACCGAUCACCGACUGCGGCGGAUACGUGGAAAAUUUGGGCGGUACCAUCACGAUGAUGAACAUGGUCGGUCGAGGAGUGAAGAUCUACGAUUGUGUUUGGCUAAUCAGACCACCGAAGAAUUUCCUGCAUAUGAAGACGCACAUGUAUCUGAAGGUAGUGGGUUUCGCUGACAUGGCCGGCAAUACGGAGUUGAUCAUCAAGGAGGGUCCGACUUCGGCCCUGAUGUCGCUGGAAGUUAUUCGACAUCCGGCGAGUCAGUUACAACCGCUCAGACAUCGGGAACACGUCGCGCCGGUCACCAGCGGAUUCCACGUGAGUCUUCGUGGUACAUUCAGUCCAAGUUCUCACUUGGCGAUCGCUUAUGCGGCCUUCAGCUACAUGGAUUGCUUUGCGGGUACCGACUUUCUUUGUCAAAAUCACAGGUGCAUUCUAAGCCAGUUGAAUUGCGACGGUUUCGACCAUUGCGGUGACAACAGCGACGAACCAGCGACUUGCUUUCAAAAUUGGGAGAUGGAGCCGCGUGAUCGUAAGUGGCAUAUGAACAAAGCGAAUUACUACUUUCCGAAAAUAGAUCGAUAUCCCGAUCUGAAAACGGCCACCCUGGUAUUCGUUGCCAGUAGCCUCGGCCUGAUCGUUCUAAUAUCGGCUCUCAUUAUACUGCUGUACAGAAUAGGAGCCAGGGCUAGGCAACAAAGAGAACUGCAGUCUCGUCUGGAAACAAUCAGCGAGCUUUUAGUUUUUGAUAUUACAGACGGUGCACGGAUCGAUGAAAUAUCUAUUCCGGACGAUCCACCCGGCUACGAGGCCCCGCCGGACUACGAAGAAGUCGCCAAGCUCGCCUUGUCAAAGAAGGCUCAAUGCUUGAACCGCGACAGAACUCGUAACAGAAACUCUCUGAACCAGCACGACGAGGACGUGAACUCUUCUACUUAUUUGGUCGUGGAGGGCGCGAGCAACGGUUGUAGCGACCAAACGAAUACGGUAACAUCGAGAAACGAUCGACGUGCGCUAGGUAUCCCCGAGAGUCCGCCGCCUCCGUAUAUCACACCUCCAGGAACGAUAUUGAGAAACGUGAACCUAAGUAAUUUAUCAGCGUCAAUGAAACAAAUUUGCCCCGUUCGUCGCACUUGGUUACGACGCAGCGCGCAAUAUCCUCAGUCCUCUUCUGGCGAUCGUCCACCUCCCGAGAGUCCAGCCUCACUCACGAAUGUCGGAGCUCUUGGUACAAGUCGGGCGGAUUGCGUCGCUUCGGGUACGAAUCGACAGUCGGAUAAUUCUCCGAAGGGGGUCCGGAUCGUACGUGAAACUGUCCAAGAAGACACAGUCGUAUCGGAAGAGAACAGCCGAAACGUUUCAGAAGAGAAUUGCGACGAAGUUGACAGUUUGGACGGGAGGAACGCCUGCAACUGCGAGGGUGCGUGCGGCUGUGCCAUUAGCUGCUCCAAUCUCCCAGUCGGCAAUCAGUCAGCAUCUGUGACAAGCGUCGAAGAUCGUGAGAUACCGGAAUGCAAUCAAACGGCGAUCGUGUCCUCUUCCGCGAGGAAGAUCGAUGGACAUCAAGAGGAAGAUUUCCCCCUCUCUAAGAGAGCUAUUGUCAAGCUUCUGGGGUCUAAAUUGACGAAAUCGUCUCAUCAUAGCACCAACUUGACAGCUGCCUUGUCGCCUUGUGGCACUUUACGUUGUUCCUCCAAGUUCUUCCGCGACAGCUGCGUUAACACGACCAGCAACAGCUACGACAAGCUGCAGGACGAUUUCAACAUUGUAUCGGAAGCGACCAGCGGCGUCGGAUGUAUCGGUUCCAGAACGACGGUGAACACGCCGAGCGGUACACCGAAGAACAUCAAUGGAUAUCACGGGCAUUGCUGCGCUCGACGACACUCUAGCUGCGAUCUAGACAGUCUGUACGAAGGUGUCAGGGUCCUCGACUCGUACCUGGCACGCAGAAGCCCCAACAUCGGCCACGAACACCGACAAUCGGUCACUAUGAUACUAUUUGGUACACCAAAGCACGGAUCCACGUGCAAUCUAAUCGCGUUGUCGCGACAAACGAGGCGAGAGAGAUACAUGCGCGCUCGUACUUGGCGUUCGAGUGAAGAUGCCUCGUCGAGUUAAUUCAUUCUCACGUUUGCGAUGGAGCCGAUCGACAACAGAAAGGUAACGGAUCAGCAGUUGUGAUAAUUUUUUUGACGAACAGAGCAACGAUUGAACAACCCUAGUAGCACAGCGCCUUGGUUAAACAUUGACCCAAUACAACCAAAAUAUUGGGGCAAUGUUUAACCGAUGUUUGAUGAAUGCACUAUGCCACUAGGGAAGAUAGAUUGACCCGCGCAUCGGAAUUUACUAAAAAUUAGUUUAUCGAAAGAAACUUCGCCGGUAACGCAUUAAAAAUACAAAAUCGGAAGUAAUGCAUAAUCUUUGGUAAUAAUUAUGUAUAUUCUUGUAGAUUUAAUUGUUGAAUUAAAUGCCACAUUAUUUACAAUUAGAUUACAACUUUGCAGUAUAGGUACACGUAUAAAAAAAAACGAAAGAAGGUAAAAGAAAACGCUUACGUAUAAUAUUCUUAUAAUUUAUUACAAAGUUAAUUUGUUCAUGAUUGUGAGUAAAAAUAAUUUGAAUUGUACAUUUCCCAGCUUUAGUCAAAAUAAAUACCAGGAAAGUUAUGUUGCUUAUAAAAAAAAUUAACAUCUACUUAAAAAGGUAAAAAACUUCUGUACAGUUAUUGAUAAUUAAAUGCUACGUAAAAUAAGUUUUUAAUAAAGAUUACAAUUAUCGAGCGCAAUCGCACCAUA